AAACUUCCAUGACAAAUGAUAAGCAUCCAUCUUCACAUAAUCACUAAAAUUCGUCCAAGUAAAUUCACUCUCUCUACAAUGGCAGUGAAGCUAUGCCUUAUAAUGUUCUCUGUGGUCAUCACGAUGCUGCAUUUACUAGUAGAGAACCAUGCUGCUAUCAUCACUCAGGCUCCAACACCACAGCCACAUCAAAUUAGCCCCUUUCCCAUGCAUGGCGUAACCCAAGGCAGUCUUCAACCUCAAGAGUGUUCUCCACGUUGCACCCAAAGAUGUUCAAAAACAGCAUUCAAAAAGCCAUGCAUGUUCUUCUGCCAAAAGUGUUGUGCUAAAUGCUUAUGUGUUCCUCCAGGAACUUAUGGGAAUAAGGAAUUCUGCCCUUGCUACAAUAACUGGAAGACCAAGAGAGGAGGACCCAAAUGUCCUUGAACAUUUCUUUCAUUGCUUAAAAUUGUUGUUAUCUAGUGAGUAGUGAGCAAUAUAAACUACAAAAUUGUUGGGA